ACGUCAAUGCGCGUCAGGCGGAGAACAUGAUGCCUCUUUGCGAGUCAACUCGUGCGCGCUGACUGAUAGAGGGGACCUCGAGCUGUAACAUUAGAGCAGCAUUGUGGCUGCAGGAAGGUGACAGACAAGGUUUUAGCCUUCCUCUCUAAGAAAGAAAAGAAGAAAGAACGAAAAAGAAAAUGGGACGCCUCGUGUCGCCGCUGCCGACAAUCCACUAAAGUCGAUUUUUGAUGGACACGCUUCGAAUGGCGGCGGCGGUGGAGGCGGCUGUUCGUGGUUUGUUUGGAUUUUUAGUCUGGAACAGCUCGAGGAAGCCCGAGUGAGCGCCCCCCGCACGCCGCCACCACCACCCCCAGCGUGUGCCCCUGCUUGUGCGGGUUACCUCUUCGUCCUCCGCCGCCGAGACAAGUACGGUCGAGAACAGCAUGGUCAUGGCUGACAGCGUCCAGAAACCGCUGCUCAGGGGUCCAGUUCGUGUGGGCUUCUACGACAUCGAGCGCACUUUGGGCAAGGGCAACUUUGCCGUCGUCAAACUAGCCCGACAUCGCAUAACCAAGACGGAGGUGGCCAUUAAGAUUAUUGACAAGACACAACUGGAUGCAGUCAACCUGGAAAAGAUCUACAGAGAAGUUCAAAUAAUGAAAAUGCUGGACCAUCCGCACAUCAUCAAGCUCUACCAGGUGAUGGAGACGAAGAAUAUGCUUUAUCUGGUCACAGAGUAUGCAAAGAAUGGGGAGAUCUUUGAUUACUUGGCAAAGCACGGCAGACUGAGUGAAAUGGAGGCCAGGAGGAAGUUCUGGCAGAUCUUGUCAGCAGUGGAAUAUUGUCACAACCGCAAAAUUGUCCACCGGGAUUUGAAGGCAGAGAAUCUGCUUCUGGAUAGCCACAUGAACAUCAAAAUUGCAGAUUUUGGAUUUGGGAACUUCUUCCAGCCUGGAGAACCUUUGGCCACAUGGUGUGGCAGCCCCCCCUACGCAGCUCCCGAGGUUUUUGAGGGCCAACAGUAUGAGGGCCCGCAAUUGGACAUUUGGAGCAUGGGUGUGGUGCUGUAUGUGUUGGUCUGUGGUGCUUUGCCUUUCGACGGACCCACCCUGCCUGUGCUCCGCCAACGAGUACUGGAAGGAAGGUUCCGCAUCCCUUACUUCAUGACAGAAGACUGCGAGCAUCUGAUCCGCAGGAUGUUGGUCCUGGAUCCAUCAAAGCGUCUGUCUGUCGCGCAGAUCAAAGAGCACAAGUGGAUGGCACUAGAUGUUCCGGUGCAGCGGCCAGUUCUGUACAAGCAGCAUGCCUCUGUUGAGGGUGAGACAGGCGUGAGCGAGUAUAGCGAGCAGGUUCUACGUUUGAUGCACAGCCUUGGCAUCGACCAGCACAAGACUGUGGAGUCUCUGCAGAAUAAAAGCUACAACCACUUUGCUGCCAUUUACUACCUGCUAGUGGAGCGGCUAAAGGCCCACCGUUGCAGCUUCCCGGUGGAACAGAGGCUGGAUGCACGUCAGCGGAGGCCCAGCACUAUCGCUGAACAGACAGUCGUCAAGGUAUCGACUACCGGCUCGGCUCAGGUGGGCCUGCUGCCACAGGGGGUCCGUCUGCUGCGAUCCCCUGCGGUUUCCCAAGCCGCAUCUGAUGCGUUCACUUUCGCCCAACCAACCUGCAACCUGGAGCAGAAUUUCAUGGCCGAGGACGUCAACACACCCAAAGUAAACGGCUGUCUACUGGACCCCCUGCCUCCCGUAACAGUGCUCCGCAAGUCCUCCACCUCGUCUCCUAGCAACAUGAUGGAGAUGUCGAUUGAUGAGGGCAUCGAGACCGAAGAGCCUGACACAGAGGAGGAUGCGCCUCAUAUGCUAUUAGCUUAUCAGACGGCUCGCUUCGGCCAGAGACGACACACCCUCUCUGAGGUCACUAACCAGCCGGGAACGUCAAACCAGGGUAAACUGAUCACGCUAGGUCACAAUCCCUCCACGGGAAGCAUGGACUCUGACAUAGGCUACGACAUGGGUUCCAUGCACAGCGACCUCAGUUUGCUCGAGGACUCCCCGUCGCUCAGUGAAGUGGUGCUGGCCAACAGCACGGUGUCCCGCGUCCCACCUACGUCAUUCCUGAGCGCACGGCCUACCAACCCGGCAAUGGCUGCUCUGACCUCGCAGCACAGGGACACCCACAACCGUUCACCCAUCAGUUUCAGAGAGGGACGCCGUGCCUCUGACACCUCACUCACACAAGGUCUGGUUGCCUUUCGACAGCAUCUCCAGAACCUGGCGAGGACCAAAGGCAUCCUGGAAUUGAACAAAGUCCAAAUGCUGGUAGAGCAGAUGGGCUCCGGGGAUGGGACCGUCAUGGGCCACCCGGGACCCCAGCACCACUUGCACAACCUCCUGGAGACUGAGGCAACCAAGCAACAGGAGGGUCCGACUUUAUACCAAGGUGGGCCGCAGGCACCCCUGCUGUCCCGAAGACAAAGUCUGGAGACGCAAUACCUCACCCAUCGUCUGCAGACCAGCGUUUUGGCAAGCAGUCCUGCAAGCUGCCAGAUGUUCUGUAAGGAGUCUCCUCGAAGUUUAGAGCAACAACUACAAGAACACCGACUGAACCAGAAGAGGAUGUACCUGCAGCAGUCACAGGGUCUGGGCUUGCCGGUAUACUUCAAUCAGAUGCAGAUUGCUGAAGGGUCCUAUCCGGCAGUCGGCGCCCCUUUGGACACUGCAACCUCCCAGAACUCGCCCCUAAUGUCAGCCGGCAGCUCCCAGCCACAACCACAGCAACAGGCCUCGCCUUUGUUCGGCCACCCCCACAGCCUGAGCCCUCUGAUGGAACCGGGGGAGGGCGUGCUUUACGACCCCUAUGUGAGUCACCACCACUAUCCCCAGCACUUGUCCAAUGUCCCCCACCUUCAGCACAACCCCCUGCAAACCCUCCACCACCACCAGUUGCCUCAUGAAAACUCAGCUGCUAGUCUGGGUUUUUGCUAUCCUGUAGAGCAGCAAGCCACUGAAGCCUUUCCCCCAGGCCAGUAUGAGUUCCCCCUAGACAUAAGUCUGCUCCCUCCUCCCACCAUCGGUGAGGUGGAGGUGCCCAGGGCCGAGGCCUCUUGCGAGCCGGGCAAACCCGAGGGGCUGGUUCUGUCCGAGCUGCAGAACCCGCUCCUGGAAAGCGAGAUGAUGGAAACUGUGGACUCCCAGCACGGCUUUGUGCUGGUCAACUGAAGCUGAAGCAGUAUUAAGCACGAAGAGCCUGAGCAGCAUUAAGAGCAGAGACUUGGAGAUGCGUCUGUAGCAACAGGGAAAGCAGUGAUUUUCGUACGACAAAUGAAAACUGUGUUUCUUAGUUGGGAUGAACCUUGGAGAACCUUUCGUACCAAAAUCCUUCCCAUAGCUGAUCUCCUUAGCCUCCCUGUCCUCCACCUCGUCGGCACCCUACGAGCAGAGAACAUGCCGGCGCAGUCGAAACUCUUGUACCAAGAGCGAGAAGCUGGCGAUCACCGUGAUGAUCUUGAGGACGGCUGCAGCAUUUCACACAGAAAUGGUUUGGAAGUGAACUCAUUUGGGACUGACUGGCAACCAAAAGCACAAAAUUGCUGGCAGGAAUGGCAAGCUGUUUAAGCAUUGAUUUGAUAUCCCCGAUUUCGUGCACUUUUUGUCCAUGUUAGACCCAGAACAUUAUGGACAUUGCACCCUAGGACGAGCAACACCAGCGACACGUCCGCAAUUUUAUUCCUGAUACAUUUGCGGUAUUAGAAAUCUUUAAGUCUAAAUCAACAGGAAUAAAAUUGCCGACAUGUUAAAAUGUGAUUCAUCCUUGGGUGCAAUUUCUUGAUGAACGACACUCAAGUCAGUCCACAAUUUUCUUUGUGACUUCUUUAGACUUGCAAAUCAGUCAAGUUUUCAGCAAUAAAAUUGAUGAUUUCUUUAGAUUUAGCAAACGGCCAAGGUUUCAGGGAUAAAAUUGUGGCCUGGCUUUAGUGUGGUUAAUCUCAUGGUGCAUUAAUGUUCUGGUGUUUCACAAACCAGCAGUAUUUUUCAGGCGAGUUUUUAAAUAUAGCCACAGGUGUCCUUGUUUUCACUUACUGUAGUUUUCAUUCAAAGGCUGGAGUUCUUCGAUAUCCCAAAAAAAAUGCUCUGGACUUUUAGAGCCUUUUGAGCAAGUAUGUAUUCUCUCUAAUUGUCUUCACUAGUAAAAGUAAGAUAAUACAUGUGCUGUUAACUGAAAGUCGAGGGUGUGAAAUCAAUGCUCAAACACCUUCCCAUAAGGCAGUGUUGUUCUUGACGCUUUGGUCAACAACAAUAUGUAGUCUUCAGACACUUUGUAGUGGAAAGAGAAAACAACGAACAGCCCUCAUUUAUCAUGAAGCUUAAUUUCAAGUGUGACUUUGCACACGAGCAGGUUGUACAAAGGUGGGCACAAUGGUCGUAUUGAUAAUUUGCAACACUAAAAAUGAAGGCACUCAGUAUUUUGACUGGAGGGUUCGCCUAGACAAUACCUAAAGGAGACGACACACACGUAAGACAACGUCUCUCUUCAGUGUUUUCUUUCGUAACUACUGAACUUACACUACUGAAAGGCUCCAAACUCGAGGAGCGCUUGAUUUGCGGAUCGUGAUAAAUGAGGGCACUCGUGGUGAAUGUUUUGGUGACAACAACUUCUUAUUCUACCUUUUUGUGGCAAUACUGAAGCAAUAUUAAUCCUCCGAGGUGACGAUGAAUGAUGUACCUCAUCGGCGCGGCCCACCCUGAUCUGUUCAAUCACAUGGAGCUGAAGACAUCAGCAGGAGCGUAAGUGUGAGUGCGUCAUUUUUGUUUGUUUUGCACAAAUCGGGGAGAAUGUCACGUGACUGAAAAGGACGAGACGCUUUUUCGCCAACGAAUGUAACGGAUGACGCCAAGCGUGACCACUUUUGAGGACAGAAGGCAAAGGUGGUGGCGGAACGAGAGACACUUUUUAAAAAAUAAAUAAAUAAUAAAAAAAAUAGUCUAGUUUUAGCAGCACUCAGACUGUGAUGAAUCCAUUUGAAGUAUCUUCCUUGGCAGGAUGAUGACAAUGUUUAAAGUGUGGUCGAAUCAAAUGGAACAGUGAUUUUGGAGAAGUGUCCCAUAAGCAAGUACAUCAACUGUAGCAACCGCGAUGGACUUCAAGGUCAAAUCCACCGUUAAGACCUUUCACAACGUUUUAUUGUCUUGAUAACAAUAGCAAUGGGCAUCCCUUAUUUACCAAGUACUUUUGGGGCCAAGCUGAAAAGGAAAAUACACCUAUUGAAAAAUAAGGAAGAACUUGUUUGUAGAUGCAAUUUAACUAGAAUAAAGUCAGGUUAACAAAAUAAGUGUAAUGUGGUUAAAAAUGACAUCAUUUAAAGUAAAAGUUACUCCAAGUUUUUCGAGCAAUAUUCAUUAAAUAAAAUACAUCUCAUAAUUUCACAAUUUUGAUAAUCACACGGAAAAAUUUCAUUUUUAUAUUACAGCUAUUCUUGUAAAAUACUAUUCCCUUAAAAAAUUGACAACUAUUCUCGUGAAUGUUUUUUGUAAUUUAAAAAAAAAACAAAUACACUUCAUGUAACAGACUUUUUGACGUUGAAUCACCAUAAUUACAAUUAUUACACAAUUCUGACUUUUUUAACGAUUUAAGAUUUAGACAUGCAUUAGAAAUGAUAAAAGAUGAAUUUUGUCAUCCACACAGUGAAUUACAAAUUCGGUAAAAUAACAUACGUCCAAUUUUUUUUUUUUUUUUUUUUUCCAGAUUGGCCCUAAAAUUCAUUUGUAUUUGAGUUUUCUUUUAAAACACUCACAUCCAACGUUGCAUCAUACUGAAACCUUUUUGAUUUGUUUUUUUUUUUUUAUAAUGAAUUGAUUUUGACACGAUUAAACCAUUGCACAUUUUCCUCACAAUUCUCAAUAGAAGUCCUCUUUUUUUCACCUCACGUUGCCAUCACAUAAGGGUGAAGAUUGGUAACUCCAGCAAUAAUAACAACAGAUGCCCAAAAUGCAUUGCAGCCAUAAGAGACACAAAAAGGACUCCCAGUAUUGGAUUCAUCAUAUUGAAAUGUGGCUCAGGUGUUUUAGAGUGACUUGGCGGAGGACGUGACAUGGACAUUUGUUUGGUAAAGUGUACAAAUUAGCAUAAAUUAGAGUGAGCUGGUAGUAAUUGUAUUCUGUGUGCCUUUUAAUUUUCACAUUUCAAUGACGGUGAUGAAUUCUCUUGGUUGGCACUGGUUUUGUCGUGUCCCUUCCUCAAGUGAGUAGAAAAUGUUUUUACAAAGGUACAAAAACCAAAGUCCCUUAAAGAUUUUGCCAGUAUGAGCCACCAUCUUAGUAAAUUUCAACAAUAUAUAUUUUUUUUUAUCUUGGUGGCUGCACGUGUCAAAAGUAUCCUAGCAAUAUAUUUGUGUAUAGGUGAAAACUGAAAUCAUGUGGAAAGUAGUUGUGGAUAAAUUGCAUUCAUUUCAGAGACACGCCUCCCGCUCACUUGACUCCCUGCUGAUAAACACAACAACGUGAAAUAGGCUUUUUCUAUUUUUUCCCCCCUCAUUGUUGUCGACCACACAUAAGCUAACUUGCUGUUGAGAUUAAAUAAAUUGUUAUUGAACAGCUC